AUGGCGUCAGGCAAAAAUCUCUCUGAUCAAUCGGACUCUCAAAAUCCCCCAACGUCUAAAGAGGGAACCAUCUCUACUCCCUCGAUUCAUGAUGCAGAAGCAGAAAAGGCUCAAGAUGUAAACCCUCCUUCUCCUACAUUGCUUCAAAUCGCUAUGAAGAUUAGGAAAGACAUGUCAGUGACUCUCAAACCUAGAGCUCGUCUGCAAUCUUCUGAGUCAAAAUCGAAAGGUGAUAAGUCACCAAAGGAGAAAGAGACUAUGGAUGAUCCUGCUUCUUCAAAGGGUGUUGGUGCCGACAAAGUCAGUAAAUCGAGGAAGAGAAAAUCGGUGCUCUCAGAUAGUUCUAGAACGAGGUCAAUCUCCCCUGUACCAAAGUGUAAAAUUUCUCAUCCUCCCCCACCAAAGUUUCAGAAAUCGAAAAAUGUGGAAAAGAAAGGGGUUAAUUCACGUUCUUCUAAGAAUAAUCAAAUUGCCACUGGGGUACCUCUGGGCUCUGGCCCUGUAUUUGAUGCUCAUAUGUUUCGGUCUGUUAUUCAUCAGAAAUUGUGGAAGAGCUUCAAUGCUAAAACUUUAAUUCCUGAUGGUGCUCUUAAUAUGAAAAAUUUGUUGGGGACUGGUAUUAUGGAUAUUCUUGUUAAGAAUGAGCUAGCAAACACUGUGAGGGAAACCAGGCCAUAUGUGCACAAGAUUGUGAUAGAAUUCUACUGUAAUCUCUCCGAAGAAAUGUUUGAUGAUUGCUCUCCGAAUAAGUUUAAGGCUUUUGUGCGAGGUCCAUUUUUUACUUUCUCUCCUGCCACCAUUGAUGAAUUCGUGGGUAGACAGUCGGUUGUACAUCCUGAUGAACCUAUUGGUGAACAUAUUCUGGCUCAAGAACUGACUCUUGGGAAGCUUUCUCAUUGGCCUUCUAAAGUUAAUCUUCCCAACUCAGAUUUGUCUCAGAAAUACUCUAUUCUUCACAAAAUAGCCGUGAGAAAUUGGCUGCCUACCUCUCAUAAGUCAACCGUGUCUCCAGAUGUUGCCACUGUUCUCUACAAGAUUGGGCGUAAUAUUCCUUUCAAUUUUGGGAAUAUGAUUUUUAAUGCUAUUGGGAAGCACGCAGAAAGCUCAUCUAGAGCUACAGCUAUGGGUUAUCCAGGGCUUAUAUAUGGUAUUCUCUCCAGUCAGAUUAAUGUCCUCACUACUGAUGAUGUUCUCAUCUCAAAGCCCAAGACGAUCUAUAUUAGUCCAAGACUGUUCAAUGAAGAUUUGCAUAUUAAGGAUGUUGGUGGGAAUACUCAAGGACAUCGAAGAGCAAGAGGUCGGUUCAAUGUUAUCUCUCGACCUAUCCCUCCUGAAGUUAUUAUAUCUGCUCAGUCUACUCGAGUCAUUCAAGAACUGGAAAGGGAGCUCAUUCAUCUUAAUGAAGCUCAGGUGAAAGUUACUCAAAUGAGAGCAGCUAUUGAGUCUUUACUUUAUGAUCUUAAACAUGGUCCAGCUGCAGCAAGAACUGGUGAUGCUACUGGUGAUACAAGUGCUCGGAAUGAUCAAGAGAUUACUGAUUCUGAAGAGAAUGAGGAUACUGAAGACGAAGCUGCUAGUGGAGCUGAUGAUGCCAGUUCAGUUAAUGGAGCUGAUGAUGAUGAUGCUGGUUCGGAUGUUUCGUACUCAUUUGUCAUUGUUGUGACAAAAAGGGGGAGUAGAUUUGUUGUUCUUGGUUUUUGGUUGUGCGUAUGA